GCUUCCGCCCCGGUUAAUGCACAACUGCGAUUGAUUGAGACGGCCGAUAGGUCGCCACCAAUCUAAAUGGUUAUCUGGAUUGUCUUUGGAUAUGCGAUGCUCCACUGGCCAGUAUCUCCUCCGCUUUUCUCGUGUUUUCUUAGUCUCGCCCAGAUUCCGCUUGGUUUCACCAGCCGAACUUAAACGAGGCUCUAGCCUGGCCAGUGUUGCAACAAUCGAUUGCUACUACUCCCUACUAACCACCAGCGCACUAACAGACAGAGGCAGUCGUACGGGGGACUUUCCCUUCACGCUUCUCGGUUGAUUCUUCACACCGCAAGAUUCUACCAAGAUAUCUCCCAAUUCGCCGCAUUUGCUACCAGUAAAAAGAGUCUACGGGUGCUCUCCCACACCUCGAUGAUCACGAAUACUAGGUGUGGGUGCCUCGUUGAUUAUCGCUUUCUGUCGUCUUGGAUUAAACCGAAACGUCCUUCAAGGCGAAAAAGGAACAAUUCUUUGGAGAUCCUACAGACCCCGUGAGCUUACAUCUGGUCUGCAUGGCGAUCUUACUGUGCAGAGUGUGCCGACACUAUCUCAAGUCCCGGACUAUUACUUCGUCUGGCCGUUAUAUCUUUUAUUCCUCGUCUUUUUAUCUGGCCAAUAACUCUUGAAAUCCAAUGCCUCGCCCGAGGAGGCCCGGCGCUCCGGAGCCAAAGCGAAGGUCCCGUAAAGGAUGCUGGCCAUGUAAAGCACGCAAAGUGAAAUGCGGAGAAGAAAAACCGUCCUGUGUGAAUUGUCGACGUCAAAAUGAACCAUGUGACUACAGUAUAAGACUGAACUGGGAAGGUAGAACGAGAAGAAGAUCUUCCGUAGACUCUCCAAGUUCCCAGUCUGGCGGUCAGCCCGGACAAUUCAUACUAGCCUUCUCGCCGUCAGAUAUAAUGCAACCCGACUCCACGCUGCUAGCUUCGCCCUUCAAAUCUACUGGUUCCUUGGGAGGAGACGCUACAGGGUACCAUGUCACAGAGAGUCUGUUUUGGGAAGCUGGGCAUACAGGGGAAAUGACAAUAGGAACGUCUUAUCCUAGAGGGCUAUAUGAUAUCCAUGAAUCUUCCGCUAUCCCUGACCAGUCUCUUAAUCCCUCCACACGUACAACUGGCAAGAGCUCAGUAGAUAUGAGUCCGGGGAAGGACGCUACCGCCUCGUGGUCAGGUUUGUCUCAGAUGGCCACAGUGGUGCCCAGAGAGGCGAUCCCCAGUUACCCGUCGUCUAUCUCACAUUCCCUGGACGAUUUCUCUUAUCCGUCGCCGGCAGAUACGGGCUCCAGUAUUGGUUCUCUUGCCCCUUUCAACUUUUCACCAGCCACCAUGUCGCAGCCAAGUUCGUUCCUUCGACACUCUGCAGACAUCCCCGAACAGCCUUUGAGCCAUUCAUCGCCCGGACAAGGCGACACACCAGAUCAGGGACAACCUCACUCGCAGUAUUCAUCUCCUGCCGAUGCCGUCAGUACCUAUGCCCCUUACCAGUCACAGAGUCCAUCAGAUCCUCACGAGAGUAUGUCCCCUCUGUUCAAAAGUCCACAGCUUUUUGCAUCACCUAGUGUGGCCCAAGAUACCGAAUCGAUGCCAGCGGGCGUGGCUAGUAGCACCGAGGAUUUCUUCAACAAAAUCAUGAAUAGCCCCGUAUUAUCUGAAAAUCGUUCGCAGGUCCAUGCCGGCGAGCCACUGGCCACUGGCGAUUUUAAGACUUUGAGUAUGGGCCAUGCGGUUGAUGUACCCGGGGGAUUCUCGAGCGCCGAAAGGAAGUGGCAUGCCUAUCUCACCAGCGUUACAGAUAAUUAUGGUUUAGACUGUGGCCGUCCAGAUCUGGAUUUGAAUAAGAAUGACGACCAUUCAGCCAUUGACAUCAAUUACGCCCUGGAUUUAAUCAGCUCACAAAGUGAAUCGUCUGCGACGUCUAGCGAUCGACCUGGGGAUUCCUCGUCCGCGGAUUCGAAACAAAUUAGCUUGGAUGGUGCGAAGUUUGCUUAUUACGCAUCACCUGUACCGAUCAACAUCCCGCGUUAUUUAUCGCCGUUGCCACAGGCUCUAGUGCAGACGCCUAUCAACCUGAUGUAUUUCCAUCAUUUUAUCAACCAUACGGCGAGAAUGUUGGUUCCGCAUGACUGUAGCGAUAAUCCAUUUGUUUCCGUUCUACCAUCAAUGGCGAUUGGGGAUUCGAACCUACUGAAUCUUAUGUUAGCGUACUCUGCUAGUCACCGGGCGAGAUAUCUGGAGCAUCCAGAACCUACUACUCGGAUCGCGCACUGGGUCAGCAAUGUCUUCCCGGCAUUGCGCGUAGCACUGGAAGAUCCACAUGAGAAGGUCACUGACAACCAUCUUGCUACGGCAAUCAUGCUGCUUUCCCUGAAGAUCAUAUCACCCGGCACCUUCGAAGUGCCAAUUCCUUGGCAGAGCCAUCUUAAACUUGCCCGGGAACUCUUCCUUGCACGCCGAGAACAGAUGGCGUACCCAGGAAAUCGCAUUGGCCCAUUCUUCGCUCGCUGGUUAGGAUACCUCGACAUUAUGGGAACCCUCUCGUGCCGACACACGGAACCACCCUUGUCUGAAUACUACUCUCUUAUUAGCACAUGCUGCUCAGUUGAAGGGCUGGAUGAAUACUGUGUCGACUGUUUCUCCGGCUAUACGCCCCGAACGGGGCUGUUCUUGACUAGGUUGGGGAAACUGGUACAUCAGUGUGACAACGAACGAUUUGAUGAGAUGGGAAUGUGGAUUUCUGGUUGGAGGCCUUCGGCUGAUAUCAUUUUUGAAGCUCAAGAAAUAAUCAAUGAUCUUGAAAUACUCCGUACCCGCGCCCACGCUAACUCAAGGCAUUUCCGGGAGUCGGGAGCUACAGAUAUCAUCGCUAGUGAUAAAGCUUUUUAUUACGCAGGCUUAUUACACCUCCACCGACGCGUCUUAGGCACAUCUCCAUUUUCCACCCCAGUCAAGGACGCUCUAGAGGGGCUUAGGGAGGCCCUCGCACAGAUUAGAUUCGGGCCAUCCGCUGAGGUCGGAACCCUCUUUUGCUGGUUCACUGCGGGCUGUGAAGCCCAGGAUCCUGGACAGAGGAUGGAUAUCCAGGAGCGAUUCGAAGUGCUAGAGAAAACUGGGAUGAAACAGAUCCACCAUGCUCGCAAGCUAAUGCAGCGUUGCUGGGAUGAAAAUUUGCCAUGGAUUGCUUUGGCGCGGGGGGAGUUUCUUGGAUAGAUGGGAUAAAUGUGAAGCCAUUGUGGCUCUUAUUAUCGACAGAGUAGAUGGUAACAGUGUGUUAUUUAUAUUAAUA